AUGGUGUCUAAAUUCGAAGCCCUCACUGUUCGCCCUCCAACUCCACCCAAAGACCAAGAAGACACAGGCGCCGACGAGACGCAGCAAUUCCUCGAAGACCCCUUCGGCGAGAAGCCUAUCCCACCCAGACUCAAAGCAGCAAAGAAGCCGCCUAAUACUCCAGAGCAAUCGCCCUCCUCCGACAUCGACAUACCCUCAAGUUCAGCUAGCGCAAGGAAGAGAGUCAACUUCGAACUACAACUAUGCAACAUACCCAGCAAGAAGGCCAUUGCACAGUCCUGGACACCUACGCGCAGCUCGCCGCUUAGACCGCUCCCACAGACGCGCCUCACCAAGCCGCUCAAGUCGAUUCUGAAGCCUUCAGACGGCACGCCGACACCUCCACCCGCUGACAACGCUGCGACUGCACACAAAUUCAAGUCUUUCGCCGAGAUGCUGGAAGCGAUCGUCAUGUUGCUCGCUUCUUCGGACCGCGGUUCGCGGCUGGAUGCAUACCAAUCCUUGCUGAGGACCCUGCAGGCAUACGAUAAGACUCCAGAUGAUCAGGCGCUGAAGCAGAAGUUGUCCCUGUUGACCCAGUUUAUACGGCGGGAUAUGCAGGCACCAGGACUGGCUGGUACAGGACUGGAUUCACAACUCGUCGGACAAACGAUGAAGCUACUCAUGACUCUCUUCCGUAUCACCGACCUAAUGUCCACCAUGGAUGAGGACUUCUGCUCUUUCGUCAUAGAACGCAUUAUCCGCGUAUCCAGCGAUAGCACUAUGCCCAAGACUACCGUCAACACACAUCUGGCUGUGCUAAUGCAACAAAACUUCCGACCCAAGACCAUAACCGCGACCCGUGUUGAGAAGGUCCUUGAUGCACUAGACACCAUUCAUGAGCGAACCUCCGGUCAUGCUGUACAGGCGUACAGGGUCCGGAUAUACAGAAAGCUGCUCCAACAACGCCCGGACGUCAUGAUUAGGCAUACUGAACGAUGGUUCACACAUACUCUCAAAGCUCUGGUAUCAGUCCAGAAGGAUAUCAGUCAGAGUGCGCUAGACACCGCAGUGACGGCUGCCAAAACCAUCGGCCAUGACCGGCAUGUCGCAAAAUCUGUCUUAGCUGUUCUGAACCGGACCAAGAGCGAUGGUGCGACUAUUGCCAGCGUUUUCACAAUCGAGCUGAAUCGUAUGUUGGGCGGUGAUUAUGCUGCCUUGGUGCCACAGAUCUGGGCUGCUGUUACAGGCUUACUGAAAGACUCGCUUUACCAAGAGAUGUUCACUGGCUUAGGGGAUUGGCUCACGCUUCUCCAGAAUUGCAUUGCUUCUGAGAAAGACCAAGUCAGAUUGUACUCCAAUGUUGCUGUUUCCUUCCUUGCGUAUUCCGUCAAUCUGGCUCCAUCCACCACUGCAGCUUGGUCGAAAAUGUUUCGCAAAAUCUCAAUACAUGCACUACAAGGAAAACCACCCGUGAAGAAGAACGAACGAGAUGCCGUUUCCUCCGCAUAUUUCACGUUGCUGUAUUACGCUUUGAGGCCAACUUCAUCAUUUGAGCAACUCGACCGAUACUGGAUUGAGUUCGUAGCUGAUCUCUGGGGUCCGAUGAUCCUACCCGGCUCUUACCAGCAGGCCGUACCCGCUUGUCGAAUCGUGUCUGCUCUCUUAGAUGGCUCUCGAAAACCGUGGAACGAGUAUCGAGCGCUAGAUCUUCGGCCAAAUGUCAUGAUCCAGCGUAGCGAGCUACCUCUAGUUGAUCCCAAGUGGGUGCGGAAGUCGAUUGCUCUGGUACUGCAGUUUGUAGAGACUCUCCUAGACGCCACACUCUCGUCUGAGAGUAGGGAACCGGAGGACGAACCGGUUCAGACAAUGUGGCUAGCAGUUAUUGGCGCCUUGGUUGAAGCAAGCAGCAAGGAAAUCAUGGCAUCAACGGAAACGAAAGACGCGAUGGCGCACAUAAUCAACUUGUUGCGCCGAAUUUGGGACAAGCAUACAGAAGAAAUUGCGACAUCACAGAAGACCGAGGAUAUUUGGGCAGACAAGUUUUGCUUCCUAAUAGAAACAGUCGUACAAAAGCUGGGCGCCUUUCAGUUUGCGGAUAAAUGCCUCACACGCAACGAGAACAACGAGUUCGAGGUCGCAUCGACACCAUCACAUCGGUCACGGCAUCACGGUACACGAUCAUCACCACUCCUCUACCUUGUUGAUCUUCUAGUCACCCAAUCAGAAGGAAAAUUAGCAGAUCCGGUUCGACUUCGCGCGAUGGAAGUAAUCAUCGAGCCCUGUUUCGCUGCCCAAAACACCCGGCUGAGCAAAUUGGAGCUUCUUCGGGAUUGCGCUGCAGCCGUGGAUGGUUCGCUAAAGGGUGCAGUGGCAUCAGAGUUCUGGGCGCGGAUCGCGGCAUUGCUCAAUGUCUUGUUAGAAGAUCAAACAGCCCUUUCAGGCGAGCGCAAUGGUCGUUCGUUGGGCAAAGAAUAUGACAUUGUAGUGGAAAUCCUCAGUCUCGGUUCCGCCUGCUUGUUGAACAAAGCACUCGGUGAUCAACUUCUGUUGACCUUCAUCGGUACUGUCCGGCGGGAAGCGGGGGAGGGUGCGCUCCCGUCCGCAGUCAUUGAGAAGGUCUCUGAACAUGUCCUCAAACGCAUUCCAAACGAAGACAAGGCUUCAUGUUUGGCGUACGCCAGCAUUCUACUUCGCAACCUUCCGAAGCAGAUCAGCCGCAAGGUGCUGGAACAAGGCCGGCAGAAUCUUUGGCCUUCAAAUCCAGCACCUGGACGGUCUCAUGAUAUCGAUCCCUAUGUUCACCUAUAUGGAGCCAUUAUCUCCGUAGGGUCGGCCGCUUAUAGGGAUGUCGGCAAGGACAAUGUCGAGACCAGGAAAGGCUUUCUUUCUGCACUCAGCACCUCGGUUCAAUACUGCUCGACGUCUCAUCUUGCUGGGUAUCUGCGGAAGAUACAAGACGCAAUCCAAGUUUGGGUUGAAGACCCCGAGAAGAAAAUGCAGAGCAGGGAAGAGCCGUUGAAGAGCUUACAUCGUGAGGUCGUCAACUUGUGGCAGGAGGUCAGCAAAGCUAUCGAGCGAUUACCGCGCAAAGACAGCCAAAUGUUGCUCCAUUUACAAGCAGUGGUUACCGCAGGCUUCCUAAGCAGGCGCCGAAGUAUCGUCAAUGUCUCAAUUGCCACUUGGAAUGCCACUUUCGGAAAAGAGGAUAGCCUACGAUAUCCCCCUCGACUUGAGCAGGCCCUGCAUCAGUUGCGACACAGUGUCGAACUCUCACUGCCAUCAUUGGGAGUCCGGGCAGAGGAUACUGAAACCAAACUCUCGUUCUACGAUUCAGAUGCCAGUGCAGAUGAAGUCAAACGUGCCUUCAAGAGCCCAAGAGUAAAGGAUUCACCCUUCAAGAUCUCCAAAGCGUCGCGAAGGUCCAAGUCCCGGUCCCCAGCAGUCCCAACGUCAGCCACUAGAAGAAUGCCUUCGCGACAGACGCCGAAGAUCCGUCUCCGACACGACAACUCUCAGAUCAAGUUUGAAUCUAUUGUAUCGUCACCAUCAAAUCCGUUCAAUCAAGAGUCACAGGUAUUGACCGAUCGUCAAAAGGAGAUGAUCGAUCGUCAAAGGCUCAGCAGUGGUUUAUUCGCCAACUUGGGAGCGCCUUCACCACAGCCGGAGGAUGUACCGUCGCCAAUGGAAAUUCACUCAGAUGCAUUGACAGUCGAUGAUCUGCCAGAUCACGCCUCCCGAACAACUCCACUCAAGGCUCUUGCAGCAAUGGGUCCUAUGGACGGCUACCUUGGCUCGUCGCCAACUCCGCAUGCCCGCAAGAGUACUCGCAACAUUGUGAGCGACGAUACUGACCUCGCCACACCAACGGCUGUUCGAAGCAUACAAUUUGCUACAAAUGAUGAUCUGGAUUCUUCGCCGCCCCGACCUGAUGUUCUUGUAGGAUCCAGCUUUGACUAUGGUCAGCCAGAAAGCUCACUCUCGGUUUCCUUUGAUGAAGGGACCACAAUCGAUGAGGAGGCACUACUCGAGGCGGUUGCGCCGCAUGACAACCCGCAAAUGGACUCCGAACUCGUCUCAGACACCGUCAUGUCAGAACUGCCGAGCUCAACCAUAGAUCUGCAACUCACAGCACAAAUUGACGCCGAUAUGCAAAUUCACGAUGCUGCUACUGAAGGAACCGAGGAGGCUCAGUCAGGGUCAAAUGCUGAGUUUGUUGAUGCUUCUUCGCACCCGCGGUCAUCAAUAAUUGACCACGGCCAACCUGGUAGUGACACCGAAGUGGACGACGCUCAGACACCAACCCGUGGGCCCGCUCGUCGAGCUUCCCGCAAGAGUUCACAGGCCGACAUGAGCAGUGCAAGCCGAGUGGAUGACUCUUUUGAUAAGAGCUUCUCAAAAGUAACGCCGAAUGCCCUGCGCCGUUCUUCCCGCCAUUCCAUGGGAAGUCCUGCUCGGCUUCCAAGUGGAAAGAAGCCUAGGCGCACUCCUGCAAAGGCUGAUAGGAGAACUAAAGCCAAGAGACAGACACAAGAAGAACCCGCUCCUGAGCCAGAGCCAGCGCCAGCACAACCCGAGGAUAAAGAAAUGCGCGACAAUAUCGUCGUCGCAUCGUCGCCUAAGCCAACAGAAAAGAGUCAAGGCAAGAAGCGGAAAGCCAGCGCUAUCGAAGCCCCCGUCGCCAGUCCCGCAACCAAUCGUAAACUCAACCUACGUCGCUCCCAGUCUCUUCUCUCCCAGGUCGAGAACUCGCAAGAUCUGGUAGCAGACGAGACGCCAGCGCCGAACAAGCGAUCCAAGGGAACCGCAGACCAAGACGUCAGCGAAGCAAAGAAAACAACACCAGGAAGCCAAACCAAACGACUCAGCCACGUACAAGUCUCACCACGCCCACGCUCUUCCUCCAGUGGAAAACCAUCUCCCGCUCCCAAAGACACCGAACAAGAACAAGGAGAAGAGUCGGGGGUUGGCGAUAAGCCCACCAACACGCAAAACACAUCCGUCCUCGAAACCAACGCCGAAGUCGAACCCAGCCGACCCCAAAACCAAAACCAAGGCCGUACCCAGCACUCCACAACCGAUACACCAACGCGUUCCUUCGCUGAACGCGUCGUUCUUACGCCGAGAAGUAUCAUUAAUCAGCUCAAGACGAUUAAGAAUUAUUUCGACCUUGAGCGAUCUUGCUCAAACUAG